AUGAGCAACCAGAGCCGCAGUGAAGUCGACUCUGGGCAUCAUGGCUCAUCGCUAGCUGUCCCAGUUCCAGAUCGAAAUAGCUCCUCCUCGAACCCAUCUGAAAGACACCGUGCCAGUUGGCUUACUACCAUCGAAGUUUCACCUGAUCAGACUCAGCAGCACCUCCAGACUCAACUUCCUGCUCUUCAAGAGUCCCGUGGAGGACUUGCGUCCAUCAUCAAGCGCCAAAAUUCCCGAGGACCUCCAAUCAAUCCAACCGCUUCUCCUACAACUUUAGUUUCUGCAGUGCAAUCUCUCGAUCUGACAGUUCCAAGCGUUUGUCAAGGUGGCCCACAAGCCAGCAACGGAGACGGUAUCUCUCAACAGAAUCCUAGCAAUAAUUUUCGGUCUGCUGUUCCAAAUUUGGAGUAUCCCAUUAAUCCUGAAACGACUGGGCUCAGUGGCCCAUCGGUAGCUUCGCAGCAAUUUGCAUCAGUGUCUGGCAACAGCGGAACGAAAGAGAUGAAUCACGAACCCCAGCUUCAGAGGCUGACGAUGACACCAGAAAUCUACAGCGACCUCGUUACAAAUCUUAUUCAGCAAUCGAUCCAAGUUGGCCGUAAUACCGAUUCUCUUCUGCAAACUAUCUCUGCUGAAGCCUUCGGAAAUGGAACCGCUUCUUAUCCAGCUCAUGUUGGCACUGUCAGCACAGCUGUCCUACAUGGUCCGUCAGGCUUUCCUCGUCCUAUUGAUCCAGUUGGAUUUGCUGCGUCUCGUAAACUUACUGGUCAUGUUGGUGCCAUCACGUCUGUGAGCUCCAAUGCUGCUAAUAGCUCUUACGCUUUUCACAACGCCGGUACGAUCGGGGGUACCAGCCCUGCCGCAACUCCAGGUUUUAAGGAAAAUGAUGCCGUUAAUAUUGUCAUGAAUGACAGGGAUCUUACUCUCCUCAGGCAAAGAACUGGAAAUGAUAAUUCUUCUUGGCCUACUGCUAACAAUCUUGGCGAGAAUUGCCAAAAUGCUGUUUUCGAACAAGUUCCUCGUCCCGCUACUAUUUCUGCCGCUCAUGAACCUACUCAGGAGAACCUAGGCCAUCACAACUUUAUUUCUUCUAAUACCGGAGCUCUUACUCAUCUCGAAACGACAGGACUACCCAACCUUGCUCAUCCUGGCAUCCCCCAUGGACACACUGGACAUAAGAGCCCUAAUCAACCUGGCUGUCCUGGAAGUCGACCCUUUCCCGAACCUCGAGGCUCCUCUCAUCAUAAUGCUCCUUCUGCUCCCGCAGGUGUCCCCGGAAUUAAUCGACCCUCUGACACACGAGGACCCUUCAGUCGCAUCAACUAUCCUAAUAUGCGUCCUGUCCCAGAAACUCCCUAUCACCAGGUUAACACUACACAGACCAGAGGAACCACCUACCGCGCAACCCCCGUACAAAACACCACGCAGAUAAUCUCAACCCCAACAAGUGCCAUCACAACAGGCACCCAGGCCACCGGCUUCGUGCCCAUGCUGGCCGUCACCCGCCCCGACAUGAUCGGCAGAGACGUCACCCCCAUGCCGCUCGGCAGCCAAGCCGUCGUGGACCUCAAAUUCUCCCCCCGCUACCACGGCAUGCACACAGAAUCAAACGCCAGCGCAGACCACCUCCGUCCCGACCAAAACUGCGCCCUCUGGAUCACCCAGCUGCCGCCCGACGUCACAGUCUCGGAGCUCCUAGCGGAGAUUCGACAAAUCGGCCGCGUCUUCGCCACGUUCAUCAACCGUUCGGACGGGGUGCAGCAUCCCAAGUCCGCUGCGAAGCUGGUGUUUUUCAAGCCGCAGGAGGCGCAGAAACUGCUUUCGCGCAUUUCGCAUAGUCCGCUUGUUGUUCGGGGACAUAAGGCGCAGAUGGCGCUGAAUAGGAUCAAGUACGAGGAGCAUACUACUGAGAGGGGGGAGUCUCGCGUCUUGAUCAUCACGGGGCAUAGGAGGUUUGUAAAUGAGGAUAGUUUGACGGCCUAUUUUGAGGGUAGGUUUGCGUUUCAGAUCGACCAGGUGCAGACUUUGGUGCAGUUUGGGAAUAGGGCGGUGGUUGAGUACAAGUUUGGGAGUUAUCGGUGUCAGUCGCAGAUGGGGAUGAAGGCUUUGCUGCUGGAUCGGCCGAUUGGGCUUGAGAUGGUUGAGUUUGGGGCCGAUCCGUGUGAGGUCGGCAGUGAGACGACUUCGUUUUCUAUUGCUGGGGAGAGAAUUCAGGGGCACGGGUUCAAUCUCUCCGUCAUGGAGUAA